CCAAUUCAUUUCUUUACAUUUAUUAUAAGAAUAAUAUGUGGAUAUACAAGCCAUAUGAUUUCUAUGGUUUGGCUAAUUUUUAUGACAGUUGUAAAAGUGCAGGGCUCAGUGCUUUUAAUAAUUUAGUAAGAUGGAGACCCACAUGAAAAUGCAAUAGAUCUCUCUCUCUCUCUCUCUCUCUCUCUCUCUCUCUCUCUCUCUCUCUCUCUCUGUGUGGCUUAUAUAAAGGCUUGACAAUGAUAGUCCUUCAUUUCAGCUGUGUAAGCAGACAGGGAGAGAGAGAGAGAGAUGGAGAAGAGAGAAGGAAAGUCUCAAGUGAAGAGAGGGUUGUGGAAACCAGAAGAAGACAUGAUCUUGAGAAGCUAUGUCGAGACUUAUGGAGAAGGAAACUGGGCAGAUAUCUCACAGAGAUCAGGUCUGAAACGAGGCGGGAAAAGCUGUAGGCUGAGAUGGAAAAACUAUCUAAGACCCAACAUCAAGCGUGGAGGAAUGUCACCCGAGGAAGAAGACCUCAUCAUCCGUAUGCAUAAGCUCCUCGGCAACAGGUGGUCGCUGAUUGCCGGUCGGCUUCCUGGUCGGACAGACAACGAGGUUAAGAACUACUGGAAUACCCAUUUGAACAAGAAAUGUGAGUCAAGAAAGCGAAAGGCCGAUGAAUUGAAAGGCAAGACGCAGGACAUCGAUACCAGCACCAAGGACAAGCAAUGCGUAUCACAGAGUUUGAUGGCAUCUACUGAAGUGAUUGACCGGGGAGUGGAAGAAGCUAAUACCGGAAAACGAGAAGAUAGUAUCGUUACGACGAGUACCUGGAUGGAGGGGACGAACGGCUUUGGCUAUGGCUAUGGCUAUGGCAUAGCUUCCCCAUUGGCGUUUUCUGACUAUGCAACUACUGUUUUUGACGAUCUCCAGUCUUCGUUUGCCUUCGCUGACUUGUUCCCGCUGCUUUAGGGCUUAUUUUUCCUUGGAACUCAUCGAGGGAUGAAUUCUUGCGUAGACUUUGCUCGUCCUGCAAGCAAUUUCGAGAUGGGUUUUUCCAUCAUUGUAUUCAAUGCUCUAGUCUAUGAGAAUUAGCACGGUGGACGUAGUCUAGGCAAGAAUUUAAUCAUUGCAUGAUAAGUUUCCAACUGUUUCUGCCCAUUGUAUUCUAUUCUUGGCCCAUCAGUGUUAGUCUCUUCAAGUGAAACAUC